AGAUGUCUUACAUUUUUUUAAUUGUAUCUUUAUGCUGUCUCUGAGUUCUCCAUGGAUUUAAUUUUAAAUAUAAAGUUUAGCCAAAUGGUUUAGUGCUUGGAAGUUCGGAGACAAAUUUUUUUUUUUUAUAUAUAUUAUUAAACUUAUCUGAGUACUUGAGUUGCAUAUAGAACAUGGCAUCUGAAUUUUAUAGGGGACAGCAUAUGGAAUUAGAUGCUUGACAAUCACGUAUGAAAUAAUUCUUGAGCUUUUGUUGAGUUUGUUGUUGAAUUCUCCAACUGAAUAUAAGCAAGAUGCAAGUCCCAAUAGCUUAUUAAAUUGUUCUUGAAGAAAUAAAUAAAUAUAAAGAUAAUAGGCUAAUCGAUAAGAUACUUCUCUAAAAAUUUCUCCAUAAAUCUGGCUGCGGUCUGGUUCUGAAUCGAAAUUGUCGGUUCCCCAACUUCAUUGUUUGGAUUGAUUUUAGUUUCAAAAUGGUUUUAGUUUAAAACUGUUGUUGGAAUCAACUGUUUUGGCCUGGUUUUGAUUCAAAUUCAAGGAAGAGAAAACUGUAACGAGCCUUCUGUACUAGGUUCUUGAUCAGUUCAUGAAUUAAAACCAUUGACUCGGACUGGUAUCGAUUUUGAUUCAGAUCGGUUUCAGUCCUGUUUACGAUUAGAGCCGGCUGUGGACCGGUCUAUUUUUGCAUUGCAUACGUACGUGUAAUCUUUGCCUCGAAACAGCAGCUGGCAAGUGGGAGAUAACUAAAAUCAUACGGCAGGCAUCAUUUGACUAUUCGUUUGUAUUUUCAAAGUGAAAAGGAGGGUCUGUCGAUCAAGGCUAGCACAUGUAGCUUUAUAUUUUGCUAGUUAAAUAUUAUUAAGGAGAAGAAGCAAGACCAGAUAAACCUCGUCAGCUGCAAUUAAUGAAACAGUGAUACAAGAAUCAGGAUUGAACCAAGAAGAUUCAACUCACAAUAAGACUCCAACUCACAAUGCGACUCAAAAUGCUGUCCAGCCUCAUCAUGGAAACAAAGGUCAUUCAGAUUAUAAACAAGUUUGGCCUAAAAUGAAAUUUGGCUGGAAGAUUGUCGUGGGAGCAAUAAUUGGAUUCCUUGGAGCAGCAUUUGGGACUGCAGGAGGUGUUGGUGGGGGUGGCAUUUUUGUUCCAAUGCUUACUCUGAUUAUUGGGUUUGAUGCAAAAUCAUCAAUAGCCAUAUCAAAAUGUAUGAUCACAGGUGCAGCAGCUGCAACAGUAUACUACAAUUUGAACCAGAGGCAUCCUACACUUGAAAUGCCUGUGAUCGACUAUGAUCUUGCUCUUUUAUUCCAACCAAUGUUGGUGUUGGGGGUUAGCAUUGGAGUUACUUUCAAUGUGAUUUUUCCAAAUUGGAUGAUUACAAUUCUGCUGAUCAUUAUAUUCCUUUUUAUUUCAACCAAGGCACUCUUAAAGGGCAUUGAAACAUGGAAGAAAGAAACCAUAACAAAAAAGGAGGCUACUAGAUGCCUGGAAUCGAACGGUGACAAUGGUGAAGUGGUGGUUCCCAAACCUCCUCCUGGAAGCUUAAGCAAUGGUACUCGAACAGAAACCAAGGUUCCUAAAAAGACAAAGGUGUCUGUUGUGGAAAAUGUGCACUGGAAAGCACUUGGACUUCUCUUUGCUGUAUGGUCGAUGAUCCUUGCAUUGCAGAUUGCCAAGAAUUACUCGAGAACUUGUUCAGUGUCAUAUUGGUUGUUGGACUUUUCUCAGAUCCCAGUUGCAGCUUCAGUAACUACAUACCAGGCUUUUUGCCUUUACAAAGGACGUCAAAAGAUUGCAUCCAAAGGAGAAGCAGGAAACAACUGGAGUGUGGUCAAGUUGAUUAUUUAUUGUUUCAUUGGUUUAGUAGCUGGUGUGGUAGGUGGGUUGCUUGGUCUUGGAGGAGGAUUCAUUUUAGGUCCACUUUUUCUUGAGAUGGGAAUCCCCCCUCAGGUGUCAAGUGCAACAGCCACCUUUGCAAUGACCUUUUCUGCUUCCAUGUCUGUCGUAGAAUAUUACCUUCUGAAACGUUUCCCAGUUCCCUAUGCUCUCUACUUGUUUGCUGUGACCACCAUAGCGGGCUUUGUUGGGCAGCAUGUGGUAAAAAAGGUGAUUGAUAUGUUAGGAAGAGCAUCGAUAAUCAUCUUCAUUUUGUCCUUCACAGUCUUGGUCAGUGCAAUUUCACUAGGAGGAGUUGGCUUAGCAGACAUGAUCAAAAAGAUCGAGAGGAAAGAGUACAUGGGAUUUGAUAACAUUUGUUCAUAUACAUAGACCCAUCAACAUUUGAGUGAGGGAGGAAUUUUUCUUCCUUGAACUCGAUUUAUUGUAUCCAAGAUAUACAAUUGUAUUGCCAGUAAUAAAUAGUUUAAAUUUCAAUA